AUGAAAGAAGCCAGCGAACGAGAAGUAAGAACUCAGAAGAGACAGCAGCAGCUUCAUCUCACCAGCAAUAGCCAGGCAGCGAUUAAUGCUCAGGCGACACUCAGGUGUCCAUUGAGGCUGUUCAGUACUCAGGUGCACUCAGGCGACCACUCAGGCGACGAAGUAAACAGCGACGAUUACUGCUCUGCUCAGUUCUCAGGCGACCUCUCCGACGGCGAAAAGCAGCUAAAGGAAGUAGACUACUGCUCUGUUACUCACUCGGCAGUCAAUCGAUCUCUCUUAGUCAGUCGAUCAGUUCAACGCUCCACUGCUCCAGAUCUCUGCUGUCUGUGA